AGAGAGAGAGAGGGAGAGAGAGAGAGAGAGAGAGAGAGAUUGAAGUUGUUAACCAUGAUAAUUGAUAAGCGUUGGAAGGACGCGGGGGACGAUCUUCAACGGGCAGCUACUCAUAAGCAAGCAUAGAAACCAAUCACCACUACAUUUCUCUAUCUGUUCUACUCGGAAAAAGCUCGCGCAGCGAGGGGGUUGAUGGUGAUGGGGAAAGUAGGAGGAAUUAUACUGGACGAGUCAGUCGUAUUCGGCCGCGAUGACGAAAAUGGGAACGCCUCUGUUCUUCCUGCCGCCGAGUAUCUCCUCCGUAAGCUCCGCCAUUCCUCUAUCCCUACGGGGAUUUCUUAUGGACUGAGCCUUUCAACCCAUAAGGUUAUGAGUCUACUUAAAAGGACGGCAAAGCUGCAUUCAUGUGAUUGCUUCAGCUUGGAUGCAUCUUCUUUAGACAAUGCUCUAAAUGGGAUUGGACUUAAUUGGGGUGAUGCUGGAGGAAUUAUUUUGUAUCUUGUUUCUAAUGACAAGAAGGAUGUUUUUCUCAAAAUGACGGAUCGUGGUUGGCUAAUUAUUGUUCCAAACGUUGAAGGUGGCAAUGCAGGUGAGAAUUCAAGCCUGCUUUAUAUCAAAAAGCUAGAAGAGUUGCCUUUGACUAUUUGCCGCUUGAAUAAAAAGGCUGUUAACUACAAUGUUGUGACCGUUGGUUUUAUUAUGAAGCCUUCUCGUGAAGAAGAUUUUGCCAAGAGAGGUGCAUUCCCCAUGCGUCCAACUGAAAACGGGUUGAUUUUUAUGCCGCUUACAUUUGAUCUCCCUAUCUCAUCACAAUUAGAAGAAAUUGAUGUGAUUCUCCACAAAGCAACUGAUGAAAUUAUCUCUGUUGAACUAAGCAGUUCUUCAGAAUUUGCUGACAAAGUUACUUUCACCAGGGGCAUGAAUGAAUUAGAAAGGUAUAUGGCACAUUACCCAGAUUUCUGUUCAAUUGAUCCGCUGAAGAACAUUUAUCCUGUAUUAGAUCGGCUGAAAAUUCAACAGAUUUUACAUGACUUGGAGGAUCUCAACAAGGAAGGUUGCAAGACAAUAAGAGGCCCCCAUUUUCUAAAGAUUGAUGAUUUCAAUGAGCCUGAUUUGGGACAAAGACUAUUGGAAGCUAAUUUAACUCUGCCAAGCAUAGUAAAACCUCAAAUUGCUUGUGGUGUAGCUGAUGCUCACAGUAUGGCAAUUGUCUUUAAGGUUGAAGAUUAUAAAGAUUUGAGUACUCCUCUUCCAGCUGUUGUUCAGGAAUACGUGGAUCAUUCAUCUUCUAUAUUCAAAUUUUACGUUUUGGGUGAGAGAGUUUUCUAUGCUGCUAAGAAAUCUACACCUAACGCUGAUGUUUUGAUGAAAUUAUCUGAAAAACAUGGAUUCAAACCUCUGGUCUUUGACAGCCUAAAAUCUUUACCGAUUGAUAAAGAAAACCAGAAUGUUGGAGAUGGUGUUUGCUCCAAGGACAGUAAUCAGUUUAUUGAUCUUGAUCUAGUGACAGAUGCUGCCAUAUGGCUUAGGAGAAGGCUUGAUCUGACCAUCUUUGGCUUCGAUGUUGUUGUUCAGGAAGGCAGUGGUGACCAUGUCAUUGUAGACGUGAAUUACCUACCAUCAUUCAAGGAGGUACCUGACACCAUUGCAAUACCUGCCUUUUGGGACGCAAUUAAAAGCAGGUUCGAAUCUUUGAAGACCAAGCAAGCGAUGUCCUUGCCCCCUACUCAAGUGAACCAUUUUACUUGAGCAUGAGAUUCACAAAGUCACUUUCUUUGUUGAAUUGAUGAUGUGUAAGCUGUAAACUGGGCUCUCCGAGGCUUGUCACUUAACAAGAUUGUGUUCUAUAAUCUAUUAUGCUUAGACAUGUUGCAAUAUUUUUU